GCUCGAGCGUAAAUCUGGGAGGACUCCGAAGCUCGCGCGCCUUCUCUCGCCGAGCAACAAGACAAUAAACACUGAAAAGCCACGGGACAGAGAAAAGCCAGAGUUCCCCGGUGGAGUAACAUUGGCCACUGAAGACACGUCGCUGUCAUCGAAGAGUGAACCAGUAGCCAUGUAUCUGAACAGAGAAGAGGACAAGAACAAAGGCUCGGUGGCACUGAGUGUGUUCCUGGUGUCACUGGCAGUAACAGUGUGUGCUGUUUGGCUGGUGGCUCUCUGUGGCGUCUGUGGUUGGUGUCAGCGCAAGGUGGGGAAAAGGGGAAAACCAGGACUGGAGUCAGUGGGCACUCCAGACUCUGCGCGAGGCCGAGGAGAGAAGAAAGCCAUCAAUGAUCUAGACAGAGACUUUUGGAAUAACAAUGACAGCAAUUCAGAGCAGCAGCGAUGGAGCUCCUACCCACCCAAGGAGUUUGUACUAAACAUUUCUCCCUAUGCCCCUUAUGGAGACCCUCGCCUCACACUCAACGGUGCUGUCCCCGGGGGGCAGAAGGGGUCAGUGGGGGGGGAUGGAGGUGGUCCAUCCCGCAGAGACAGUGUGAAGAGCACGAUGAUGAGUGGGAGUAAGACCGGCAGGUGGCAGACGGUGCAGAGCCACAUGCGCUCUGGAGACCUGAAGAACGGCAAUUUCACAGACCCCGCCCUCUCCUCUCUGGAGCACACCCCAACACCGGGGGCGACACCUCGCCCGCGCACCCUCCUGCGGCACCAGAGCCUCCAGCAGCCCCUCAUCCACCCACUGUCCUCGGGCCUGGAAAGUCAGUCCAGCAACUCCCAGAGCCUGGGCCAGCUCAACCCCCAAACCACCACUGCUGGUGGAGGGGGUGGAGGGGAACUCCCAGAGGGAGGGGGCGGAGCAGCAACCAGGUCUUAUCGUAGCGGAACAGGAACGCGGGCCUCUAGAAGCAGCACCGCGGGGGGCGGAGCCUCACGCUAUAGGUCGGGAGGCACAGGGAACCGGGCCUUGCGAGGGACUCCGGGCAGCUGGGAGUACGUGAUGAGCCAGAUCAAGAACCGUGGCCUGGAUGUCAAAUCUUUCCUAGAGGGGAAGAUGGUCGUUCUCUCUCUGGCAAUUGGAUUAGCUGAACAGGAUGACUUUGCCAAUCUACCUGACCUACAGGAGGUACCACCCAGUCAAGAAACCCUUCCUGACAUGAGUAGGACUGUAGGCAAUAAGCCCGGAAACAGCCCAAAGGGUCAUCCCCCAGACGCUGAUGGACACUCCUCUGUGUCUGACCUCGCUAACUCUCUCACUGGCGACAUGGUGAUGUUGUCUCCUGGUUCGGAUGAAGACCACGAAGGUCCGAUCAGUGAGAAGCUGGGCAAGAUCCAAUUCAGUGUGGGAUACAGUUUCCAGGACUCCACUCUUACUGUCAAAAUCAUGAAAGGCCAAGACCUGCCUGCUAAAGACUUCUCCGGAACCUCCGACCCAUUUGUAAAAAUAUACCUGUUGCCUGACAAAAAGCACAAACUAGAGACCAAAGUUAAGAGGAAGAACCUUAAUCCUCACUGGAAUGAGACCUUCCUGUUUGAAGGCUUCCCUUACGAGAAGGUGAGAGAGCGCACGCUCUACAUGCAGGUGCUGGACUAUGACCGCUUCAGCAGGAACGACCCCAUAGGAGAGGUGUCCAUCCCGCUGAACAAAGUGGAGCUGGGCCAGAACCAGCCCACGUGGAAGGACCUGAAACCAUGCAGUGACGGCAGUGGCAGUCGAGGAGACCUGCUUGUUUCUCUGUGUUAUAAUCCUACUGCUAACAUCAUCACUGUCAAUAUUAUCAAAGGACGCAACCUUAAAGCCAUGGACAUUGGAGGCACUUCAGACCCCUAUGUAAAGGUGUGGCUCAUGCACAAAGACAAGCGUGUAGAGAAGAAGAAGACGGUGACCAUUAAACGCUGUUUGAACCCUGUCUUUAACGAGUCUUUCCCCUUCGACGUUCCCGCACAUGUGCUCCGAGAGACCACCAUAAUCAUCACCGUCAUGGACAAGGACCGGCUGAGCCGCAAUGAUGUCAUCGGCAAGAUUUAUCUGUCAUGGAAGAGUGGCCCAGCAGAAGUGAAGCACUGGAAGGACAUGCUGAGCAGGCCCCGCACCAAUGUGGCCCAGUGGCACGCCCUCAAAGCCUAGUCACACCCACCUCAGCCUGCUCCUCCCCCACCCCAUAACCUCAGCCUUUCACCCUUGAGCUCCAGCACCCUCCUUAUGCACAAGACUGAAUUGUUGCCAGGCUGCAAAACACGGGUACUUUUAGCCGUCCCCUCCUGUAACCUUUUACCGCUGACCUUUUGCUUCUAUCUUUUAUGAGCCCUUGUCUUUUCCUUUUCUCUUCCUAGUUCCUGUCUCUUUCUUCCUCUUUUUUUCUGUUUGGUUAUUUUUCCUCAUCCAACUCUUUUUGGGUGUGUGCUGUAAUUUUGGUAACAUGUUUUGUUAAGCUCUGCAUAUGAGGUGAACAUAAGCCUUCAGUUAAGUUAGCUGACCUUUUGUAACUAUAAGCAAAUAACAAUUCUUGACUGGUCAGUAUACCUAUUGAUACAGUUAAAUGAAUUAAACGAAGCCAUUUAAGAAGAGCCAAUAUGCAAACUUUAAUGUAAUAUGUUACCAAUGUUUCUUAAUGUACCUUUUUCUCUGUCCAUUCUCACCCCCUGACCUAUAUAAAAGAUGUCCUUGUUCUUGAGGUCAGACAUCCCUUGUUCCUGCUUCCAUUCCACAUCCCUGAUUUCCUAUCUUCUCUCCUUCUCCCUCACUUUCUGUGCUCCUCUCUCCUUUCCUCUCAUGCUCCUUGUGGGUGGAGUAUCACUAUUUAAUUAACUUAAGGUGAGGUCAGCUGGAGGCUCAUAGGAGCUCCUUUAUUAUGAAUGGAAAGAUCUACAGGCCAUAUUCUUUAAUCCACAAAGGGGCAUGGUGGACCUUCAGAUGAGCUUCAGCCAUCAUUGCUAUUCUUUUAUGCUG